AUGGCAUCAGAAGACGAGUUCCAGCUCUUCACAUCCCUGAGAUACGAUCCACUACUGCUCCAAUCCGAGGAAAACUCCAGAGCCAUCUUGAACUUCGUCACGCCGUCACCCUUCUACAUGCUCGCAUACCACCGAGACCGGAUGGUGGAAGCCGCACAGCACUUUGACUUUUUCGAAGUCGAGAAAAGACUGGAAGAUGGGAAGACUUUGCAUGAGGAACUCUUGAAGCGAGUGCAAGACGAGAUCAAGAAAACCGGAAAAGAUGAAGCAAUGAAGGUACGACCUGCGUUAAACCAUCUCUACACAUUACUAAGAACAACCCAGCUCCGACUCCUAUUCGACAAAGCCGCCAAUCUAACCGUGGAAUUCACCCCAAUACCAGCCGUCCCCCUAUCAACCCUCUACCCCCCAUCUCUAAACCCACCAUCCCCAUCCCCACCCCACCAUCCCGCCAACCCCAACACCACCACCAACACCACACAACCAUUCACGCCCUCUCCCCUAACAGGCGGCGCCCUACACCUCGGUCCCACAGACAGCCUCCCAGCCGGCGAUUCCUCCCAAUCAUCUCGAUCCUCCCAACCCCCUCCACCCCCCGAAUGGAAAAUUCGCUUAGACACAGCGCCCACCCCCUCCUCCCCCUUCACCCUCCUCAAAACCACAAAGCGCGAAAUGUACGACCAAAGCCGUCUCCGCGCCUUACCCCCCAACCCCGCUGGUCCUGCUUACCGCGAAGUCAUGCUCUACAACGAAGUCCGCGAGUUAACCGAAGGCACACUAACCUCCCUCUAUCUCUUCCGCGGGGGACGGUGGGUUACGCCGCCUGUAGGCGUGCCGUCAAGCGAAUUUUCGAGUAAGACGCUGAGGGAUGAUGGGGCGGAUGAGGGGGAGUUGAGGAAGCCGUUUGCGGGGAGGUGGGGGCAUAGUACGAGGAGUGCAAAAGUGGGGGCUGGGGGGCAGAGGGUGACGAGUAGGAGGUGGGCGCUGGGCAGUGGGUUUUGUAUGGAGGAGCCGGUGGGGAUUGAGACUGUGGAGGUGGGGGAGGGGGUGUGGGUUAGUAAUGGGGUUAGGGGGUUUGGGUUUGGGAGGGUUGUUGGGUAG